AUGACUGAGGCUUCGCGAGAGGCUGUUUCUGCUAAUAAAAUUGUUGAUUAUACACCUGUCCAGCGGACAUCGAUUACUGUGAACACAGCAGAUGGCUGUGAGCUAGCGGGAAUCAUCUGGGCUCCGCGAUCACACGCUGAGGGUAGGGAGAGUGUCUUCAUCAUACUCGUGCAUCCGUGGGGGAAAAUGGGUGGUUCGCAAGCAAACAUGGCCUCGCUAGCUAAGAUGCUCUCUGAACGAGAGGGAUUCAACUGUAUCACUUUCGACAUGCGCGGGAUUGGUCGUUCCACUGGCUCAAGCACCUUCACAGGGUCGGAUGAAGUCAAGGACGUGGUGGCCAUGGCCAACUACGUCAGAGAGAACCUUGUCCCCAAGGGUGAUACCGCCCAGAUUAUCCUGCUCGGGUCAUCUGCGGGUGCUGCAAUAGCAGGCAGUGCGGCUUCGCUGGUCGACAACUGUGUGGCGCUCAUUUGUAUUGGCUACACUUUCGGUUACAUGGCGCGAAUGUUAUUCGGGAGUCGCAUUUCUAAGCUGGAAAAGUUUACUGGUCCAAAGCUCUUCAUCAUGGGCACAGAGGACUGCUGGACGGGAGUGUCACAGUUAGUUUCGUAUGUCCACAAGCUCGGCCCCUCAGCAGAGUAUCGUCUUAUCGAUGGCGCUGGCCAUUUCGAUUUGGAGAACAGCACUGAAAGAACAGGACAGAUUGUCGGCUUCGCCUCCGAUUUCAUAACUAAGGCUUCAUCUAAACAUUAA